AGCACUUGGUUGUCACGAAUAUCUUCGAAUAUCUCGUCUUGAAAAAUUUUGUCCUACUUUGCGUCGCUCGUUGCGCUGGUUCCGUGCUGGAGCUGGAAGAACAGAGUAAUGGCGACGGAGGUGAGGCUCAACUCCGAUGGUGUUUACGACCGGAGAGCCGAGCUGAAGUCCUUCGACGACACGAAGGCCGGCGUGAAGGGCCUGGCCGACGCCAAGCUGAUCCAUAUACCCCGAAUCUUCGUCCAACGCCAGCUCGAGCUCGAGCAUGACCGUGCCUCGGAACCACUAGGAUCGAGCCCGAGAGUUCCGGUCGUAGACUUCGGAGGCGUGGGCCGAAGCCGAAGCCGAAGCAGCCCCGGCGAGAGGAAGCGGACGGUCGACGUGGUCCGGGAGGCGUGCGAGACGUGGGGGUUCUUCCAGGCGGUGAACCACGGCGUGCCGGCAGCCCUCAUGGAGGAGAUGGUCGAAGGCGUCAGGAGGUUCCAUGAGCAGGACCUCGAGGCUAAGCGCGAGUGGUACUCGCGAGAUUACGGAUCGAGGAAGGUGUUGUACAACAGCAACUUCGACCUGUAUCAAGCUCCGUCGGCAAACUGGAGGGACUCCCUCACCUGCGUCUUGGCUCCUCGUAGUCCGGAUCCUCAGGAAUUGCCUGCUGUCUGUCGAGACGUAAUAAUUGAGUACAAGGACAGAAUUCUAGAAUUGGCAGCUACGAUAUUCGAAUUGCUGUCCGAAGCUCUUGGCCUAAACCCUAGCUACCUGAAAAACAUCCACUGUGGGGAGGGACUCUUCUUCAUCGGCCAUUACUACCCAGCAUGUCCAGAACCAGACUUAACCCUUGGGACUAGUGAUCAUACUGAUAGCAGUUUUAUCACCAUUCUUCUCCAAGACCAAAUUGGUGGCCUCCAGGUCUGCCAUCAGAACCAAUGGAUCGACGUUACCCCAAUUCCCGGAGCCCUCGUAAUAAACUUGGGAGACAUGAUGCAGCUGAUCUCGAACGAUAAGUUCAUUAGUGUCAGUCACAGAGUUCUAGCCAAGAACAUUGGGCCAAGAAUUUCAGUGGCGUGUUUUGUCAGGCAGCAUCUCCCUCCAGAGAAUACUUCAAGGUUGUAUGGCCCUAUUAAGGAGCUGCUAUCAGAAGAAAAUCCCCCAAUUUAUCGGGAAAUUACGGUGAAGGACUUAGUCACUCGUUACUUCGCAAAAGGACUUGACGGGGUAUCUGCACUGGAACAUUUCAAGCAAUGAAUUAUGUUGGACAUGCGAGUUCGAUGAUUUUCACUAUUGAAUGAUGGUUGUACACAUUUGAUCUGUGUAGUUUCUCACUGCAUUAACCCCCGGCAAAGCAUCUGGAUAAUGCUUAGACGGAAUAGGGUAUAUGUUUGUAAUGCCUGGCAACCUCGUGCUUAUGUUCCUAUGUGCAUUAGGAAGAGGCUUUCUACUUUUGAAGUAAAAAUUGUUGCGAAA